GGGAACCCCGGCUAGCAGGCCUUCAUGGGGCAGUCCGGCCUCAUUCCGCGGUUUUCCCGCACCGGCAGGCGAUGUUUGCGGCGCUUUGCCUAGCUGGUUUGGCGCUUGCAGCGACGCAGGAGCUGCACUUUGGCGCACGGCACGGGCCUCGCAAGCGCCUGGUGCGCCGAGGUAACCACUCGCUGCUGGAAUCCAGAGCCUCCAAGUUCCUGGCAGAGCUUUCCGGAUGCAGCCUCGAAGAGGCAGAUGCCUUCUGGGAGACGCACCCCUACGUGAGGAGUGAUGACAAGACGCAGCAACAAAUCAGAGCAAUGCAGGCGCUGCGUGAGGUGAAGCGGGUCUUCCUGUCGCAGGAGGUGCCGCUGAUCUUGGUGGGCGACUUGCUACUUGGAUGGAGGCGCGGCUGCCUGGCGGUGGGCCAAGCCUCAGUGGCGACCUUUGGGCAGUGGCUGGACCUGCCGCGCCUGCAGAAGGCCUUGGAGGAGAAUGGCCACCAGCUGGACGCCGAGCACUGCCCGCAUGCCACCAGCGCCGGGUGCAGUUGUGGCGGGUCCGACCUUGAGACGAGCCGCAUGUGGAAGCUGGAGGUGAACCUGGCCAUGCCCGAGAAUGACUGGCUGCGUGUGGGGGUUGGAGUGCUCUUCCCCGGGCCGCCGCAGUGGGCCACUCACCAGCCCGGGCUGUUCGCCAGAUGCGCCAGCGCUUGCGCAGACGACUGCCGCAGCUGCCCCCUGGCCUUGACGAAGACUCAGGCGAGCUCCGGCCGCUUCUUCGCAUGCCCGCUCCCUUUGCAUGACUUCCGCCUCAUAACGUGGAUGAAUGACACCUUCUGGGUGCCAGCGGACGUGGAUGCCUAUCUGGCGGCAGAGUACGACAACUGGCCGGAGACCGAGGAGACCUCCGCCGCCAGGUCAUGUGCAGCGGCAGAGUCCAGCGGGCUCAGCAGCUGGGCGUACCCCAGCGAGGUGCCGGGCCUGGCGUCCAAGGAGGAGGUGGCACGUAUGCAGCGCAGGGCCGAAGUCGACAGGCGAGGGAAGAUCCUCGCGGCCGCCACUGCGGAGAGCGCGCUGUGGCGGAAGUUCUUCGGCACGAGGAGCAUCGCCUGGCCGUCCCGGCCAUCGUCGGUUCCCAGCCUUCCCCUCGCGCCCGCGCCCGCCGCUUCGGCUUCCGCUUCGGGCGCGGGGCCAGCGCUGGCGCUGGCGCUGGCGCUGGUGACCCUGAAGGCAUUGCGGCUGGACUUACUGCAGGCGUCGCUGUUUCUGCUCUACAUCCUCCUGCUCUGUGCACGCAGCUUUUUGCAGUGGGAGGUCUCUACCAGCUUUGCGCCCCAAGCAGCGGUCAGCAAUGCAUUGGCUGCCUCAUUGCUGCAAGCAGUUGCAGCCGUAGGACUGAACUUCUUCCUCACGGGCAAGCCGGCCUGGCAACAGUGCCGCUCGCGCCCCAACGGGCGGCAACCCAUUUGGGUCCUGGCCUUGGUCCCAGGUGUGCUGCAGUCCUUGAAUUUGCUGCUGUCCUUUGUCAGCCUGUCCUCACUGGAUCCGCUGUCUUACCUCAUCCUCAUGAGCAACGAGGCCAUCUUCGCGCGGAAGGAGCGGUCGAACGUUCGACGGGUCUUGGCGGGGACUCUGUCGCUGGCGGCCAGCGCUUUGGUAGGUCACGGGCUGUUGAGCCGCGGGGGUGGGCUGGGCCUAGCGGCGGCGGUGGCGCAGGUGGCGGCGGAGGCAUGCGGCAACUGGUGGAGCACCAGGGCCCUCGGCGCGGUCGGCGCGCCGAUCGAUGUUCUCCAAGCCUGUCAACAUUGCCAAGGCUUUGUCGUGCUUUUGGUCUUUGCCACCUUGUGGUGUGGGGCGCCCUUUCCCAGCGGCUACUGGCUGGGCUUUCUGGAAUCCAGGUCCAUGCCGGCUUGCGUGGCUUGCAUGUGCUUGCUCCUCCUGGUCCAGCCCUACCUGGUGAAAGAGGUGCCUUCCUAUUUGAUGGCCAGCAGCGCUGCUACUUGCAUCUUUGUCGUUGGCUUCGUGCAGUACGAGCUAGAUCUCGGCUUGCCAGCGAGCAUGCACACUCUGCAGGCGCUGGUGCUCGCGCUGCUGGCUGCGGCGCUGCAUGGCUUGGCGGCCAACGAGGCACGCCAGCGCGGACGGAUGCAAGGGCCAGGCUUGGAAUUUACAAGGCCAGCUUCGACAGCGACCACGCCGAAGAAGCGCUCAGCUUUGCGGCCCCCGCCGCCCAAGAAGCCCUGGGCGAAGCCAUCAAGCGAGGUGGGCAGCACCGCAGCACCAAGCAAUAGCAGCGUGUGCGAGGAGUCUGAUGCGGAGACUGCCGGCUCGCGCUAGCAAAGUGCAGCUGCA